UUCCUUUCUGCGUCUGCGCGGCCGCAUGACGCAACCCGACGCCUGCCGGUGGCGCUGCAACGUCAUCUUCGGGCGCCGCCGGGCUCCCGGCCCAGGCUCCCUCGGCCAAGAUGGCGGCGGUCGCGUCCUGGGGCUGCCGGAAAUACCUCUUAAAUGCGUGGCUCGUAUCCAGACAGUCCGCCGGCCUGGUGCAGCACCCCUCCUGCGUGUGCCGAACGAGCAGAUUGGCACUAGAAUUUUAUCAGUCUAGAUGUUCUUCCUCCGGCCAUCGGAAAGGUUUCAUAUCGGGCUUCGUGGAGAACAUCAAGCAGGAGCUGGCCAAGAACAAGGAGAUGAAGGAGAGCAUCAAGAAAUUCCGAGACGAAGCGAAGAAGUUGGAAGAAUCGGAGGCCCUUCAGGAAGCGAGGCGGAAAUACAAAACCAUCGAGUCUGAAACCAUCAGGACCUCGGAAGUGCUGAAAAAGAAACUGGGAGAAAUCGGUGGCACCGUUAAAGAGAGCAUAGAUGAAGUCAGCAAGAGCGAGAUUGGCCGGAAGAUCAAGGAAGGCAUGGAGGAAGCGGCCAAAACAGCAAAGCAUUCUGCAGAAACAGUCUCCAAGGGAGGAGAAAAGCUAGGCCGGACGGCAGCGUUCAAGGCCAUUUCUCAGGGCAUGGAGACCGUCCGGAAGGAGAUUGACGACAGCGUGCUGGGCCAGACGGGGCCUUACAGGCGUCCAGAGAGACUCCGGAAAAGGACAGAAUCUGCCGACGACAGGAUGAAGGACGAGCGGAUAUUCGAAGCCAAUGAGCAAGCGAUGGGCAUGGUCCUGCACAAAGACUCCAAGUGGUACCAGCAGUGGAAGGAGUUCAAGGACAAGAACGUGGUCUUCAACCGUUUCUUCGAAAUGAAGAUGAAGUACGACGAGAGUGACAACGCCCUCAUCCGUGCCUCGCGCGUCAUGACGGACAAAGUGACCGACUUCAUAGGGGGUCUCUUCUCCAAGACGGAGAUGUCCGAAGUCCUCACGGAGAUCCUGCGGGUUGACCCCAACUUCGACAAGGACCAGUUCCUCAAGCAGUGCCAGGCUGACAUCAUCCCCAACAUUCUCGAGGCUAUGAUCUCUGGAGAGCUGGACAUACUCAAGGACUGGUGCUACGAAGCGACCUACAGCCAGCUGGCCCAGCCCAUCCAGCAGGCCAGGGCCAUGGGGCUCCAGUUCCACUCCAAAAUCCUGGACGUGGACAACGUGGACCUGGCGAUGGGGAAGAUGAUGGAGCAGGGGCCGGUGCUGAUCAUCACCUUCCAGGCUCAGCUGGUGAUGGUGCUGAAGAACCCAAAGGGAGAGGUCGUGGAAGGAGAUCCGGAGAAGGUCCUGCGCAUGCUGUACGUCUGGGCCCUCUGCAGGGACCCCGAAGAGCUGAACCCCUUCGCUGCCUGGCGGUUGCUGGACAUCUCUGCCUCAAGCACCGAGCAGAUCCUAUGAGCUCCCCACCCCCCAGGAGGGGGGGAGGAAGGACCGGGGGGGGGCAAGAGGGAGUCGGCAGCGGUCCCGCAGAGCGCCCCCCCCCCCGUUCUGCGCACAGUCCAGCACGAUGGACAUCCCCACCCCUUUGGUUGCAGCGGGGCUGGCCCGGGGUGCUGGCUCAGAAUCAGAGGCUGGGAGACCUUCCUGCUGGACCCCCCCCCCCUUUUUUUUUUUUUUUGUAAUCUGGUCUUCAGAUUUGGAAGUCUGCUGGCGUCCGAGCACGGGGGAGCCCUCUGCCCCCCAGGACUUAACUUCUGGGUCACGCUUUGCCAGCUUUACUCCGGCCUGCGUUUUUGUGCCAAAGCGGGGCCGGCUCGGAAACUCGCGGAAACUUCCAGAACGGUCCUUUCCUUGCAGCUGAGUCGAGAGGCUGAGCCGGACCCCGGGGCGGGGAGGGGGGGGGCGUUGUCUGCCCAAGCCCAGGGAUCGGGGUCCCACACAUGCAGGAGAGCCAAAUGGGGGGGAGAAGUGAGAGGGUCUGUGCUCUUCCUUCCAGAAGCGCUUUUUCUCACAAGUUUGGGGGGCGAGAAAUUGGGGGUCUUUGGUACCCCCUUCCCUCUUUCCGCAGCCCUGGCCAGCCUUGGAAUUGACUUAGCGCUCUGGGGAGGCGGCGGGGGGGGCCUCCUCGUGUCCACAAGGGUCUUCUACCCCCCCCCCCUCUGUAAAUUAAAGAGAACAAAAAUGCAGCCCACCCACCA